AUGUCCCUUGUUCCCCCCAUCCUCGCAGCGAGUCGCCUGCAGCCGUCGCAUGCAGCAGUCGCAGAGGCGACGAGCGGGGAGGCCCAAGUUGGCACGCAGAUGACGAUCAACGGCCUCUCUUUCAGCCGUCGCAGGCUGCAGCCGUCGACGAGCGGGGAUGACGUUGGCACGCGGAUGACCAUUGGCCCCUCCUACUCCUUCAACCCGAGCCGCUGUGUCGCCAUGCCACCUGGCUAUAGAACGAGGAACCUGCUGGUGUGGUGGCAGCAGGAAGGCAAGGCGGAUUGUACAGCGAUUCAGUUCUUCCCGAGUCCCACGUGCACGGGGAGGGUGAUGGACACUCUCGCGCAAGGCCAGUUUGCCCGCUGCAUCAUUGGUGCCACCCAAAGCGCAGCUCCUCCUGAGUACCCCGACGAAGAGAGUUCAAGCAAUCAGGGUUGGGAGGCCGUUUCGUCCAUCACAGUCGCAGGCAGCGACUGGAGGUGCAAGGACGUGUACACCGUGUAUGGCCUCACGCUGCAGCAGUUCACCCACAUGAACCCGGAUAUCAAUUGCUCCGCUCUCCUUCCUCAGGGUCGCGACCUCAUUGUGCAAGAGCUUCUAGAACCUUGCUCUGCCUUCUACUACACCCAGCUUGCCGACACGUGCUCGUCUGUGGCCCAGUUUCUCGACAUCACCGAGGAAAGCCUGGAGGAGCUCAACCCCGGUGUUGGCUGCUCCUCUCGCCUCCUUGCGUUCCGCCCUCUGUGUGUGGAGCGCGACCCAGCCAAAACCAAGCCGAGCUGUGAGAAUGUGAUAGAGAUCGGCAAAGUCGAGGACUUCCAGCAGGUGGCGGCAUCCAAUGGAGCCACCAUGGUGGACCUCUGCAGGCUCAAUCCCUAG